ACGUUUAUUUCGGACGUCGACACAGAUUUUCGGUAAACAAAAUUAAAACUCGUAUCUCUCAUACGUAUGGUGUCACUCGCAUUUUCGAGCCAGGAACAGAAUCAUAUUCGGAUCUGAACGAAUCGUCCCCCGAAUGUAAACUUUCGCACUGAACAAAGUGGAAACUAUAAAUAAUUUUGAAACUAAUCCCAUAUUUAAAUUCGUCGCACCAACGCAAUUUUAGUAAAUUUAAUUAUUAAUUCGAGAUACGAUAAUUGUCGAGUCGAUCUUGAAAAAGAUUAAAAAAUAAUCCUUAAAAUCCACAUAAGAUUUAUUUUCAUUCGUGAUUUUAGCAAUUUAAGAUCUCAAUAACACAAUGAUUCUUUCUUCGAAUUGAAUUUAAAAUUGAGAAAUUUUCAGAUGUCAAAUUUCCUUAACUCCAAUCGCUCGAUUGUUUUUCGAUGUGCCGUACGUUUGCACAGGGGUAUUUAUACUGAUUAAUACAAAAUAAAGUAGUAAUUUAAACAUUGAUAGAAAUGUGUGAAUAAAAGAGCGAUUCUCGCAAUGCUCGCGACAUCAACUACAGCCAUCUCGCGUUGACGAAGCUAAUCUCGCGGCGAUCGCAUUACCUUAAGGCGACUUCUAAAUUUGAUACUCAAGCGAUAAAGUAGAAAAUGACUACACGUUCACGACCGAUAACUGAUACAAUCAACCAGAGCUGUAAAUUUCAAGAUCAUGUUUUCUUCACGUUUAUAUGUAAAUUAUUCACGUUUAUAUGUAAAAUAUUAGAACGCUCUUUAGAAAUUCUGAGAAAGUCUUUUUUUUUAUAUUUUUGAAGUGUUCCAAUUCGUAUAAAAAUUCUAAAAAAAUUUUUCACCUAAGGAUGUUGUUCCUAAGGAAAUUGUUCACCGUACGUACUUUUAAAUUUACGUCUACAUGAAAAACAUUCGUGUAAACAUAUUUUUGCAAUUACCUAUACUUCGCAUUUUCGAUUUUGAAAAUCACGACAGCUAAAGUAGAAAAUAGUCGUUAUCACUGGCAAUUAAGUGUACUGCAAUGGUUUUUUUUUUUUUACGACCACACGAUCUUAAAAUAUAACAAUCACGCAUUAAUUAUAGCAAUCUCUCGUUUUUAAUCUACGCAACUACUACAAGAGGUGGUCGCUAAGGUAGAGAAUGCGAGAUAAGAGAAUACGAAUAAUUGCUAUACAUCGAUGAACGCCGUUAAUUAUAAAACAAAUAAAAGAAUAUCCUGCGUUUUAAUUAAUUCACUACGACGUAUACGGUUGAAACUGCGAUCGCACGGAGCACACUUGUUAAAUUUUUGUCGCGUUCGCGCUACUUCUCGUCUGGGAGCUUUUUUUUAAGUCGCGAGUUCUGGAAAUCAUCAUUAUUCACGAUGCCUUAUUGCGCAAGAUUGAAUGUUAAUGAGACUUUAAAUCCGCGCCCAUACAGCAUACUUUAACCUAAGAGAUCCUAAAACCUCUUCAAAACAUUUUUUUGGCGUUGAAUUUAACUAUAUGUUUCUGAUCGAGCGCGUUUUCGAAAUUCACGACCGAUGCACCGCGAGUAUCCACGACGCCUCCUGCAUUACUGUUACUCGGGCUCGUGAAACGUACAAUCGCGGAUACGGAAUCAGGAUGACGAUCCACUGCACACGCCUAAACGCGCGGAUCCUCAAGAGGCGAGUUUGACGCGCGAUCCGAAACUGAUCGUCACCUGGCUCUACCCGACCGCGUUCACGUCGUGAUUCCGCGUAAAUUCGACCGCGAAUCCGCCACCGAUCUCGCAACUGAUACCGGCACUGAAACUCACGACGAGAACUGAAGUCCAUCGCUAGAUUUACCCGUCUUCGUUCUCGUGACGUCACGAAUGCAGAUUCACGAAUCGUGAAAAUACGUCGGUUCCUCGCCGUAAAACGCGUCGGGAUUCGCAUGGAUUUUCAGAUCGUCCUCACAAACACUGACACGCGCGAACGUCCGGCGUACACGCGCGAGAAUCGAGAAACUCUACAUUUAACUUUAAUGUGUAACUCCGAUUACCGUCAUUGUUUCCGCGCGCACUUUGGAUUACCCUACCGUCAUUGUUUCCGCGCGAGAAACCGCCGACAGCGCCUUGAUUCCAGCGGGCGAGCGGGCGCUGAAGUCUGGAGUACGAACGCACAGCCAAUCGGAGCUCGAGCUGCCCGAGAUGGGGCGAUCUCCGUGUGCUGGCGAGCUAAUUAUUUUGCAUAUCCCAAUGUCAUCUUUCGUGAAAAUGGAUUAGCGCGAAGGAACUCCUUGAAGUGUCUUGAAGGAAGUGUUCCAGGAAUCAGGAAUGAUGAACCAGAAGGAUGAACCUAGGACAGAAAACCAACGAACAAAAGAAGAAGGAUGAAUCUAUUGUAAACACGCAGUGCGCUGGUUCGCAUAAUCUCGAGUAUCUGGCAAUUUGUACUUUUAUAUCUUUGAUUUGUUGGAACAUUGAGAUACUCGCAAAUAUAUUAAAUUGUAAAUACUAAAAAAUAGUUUUUCUUACAAGUAUUGACGAUUUACGUGACGCAAAGCAACGCCGAUUCUACGUUUGGUUGUGCUCGCUUUACAAGCGGAUCGACGGCGACGGUUAUGCAAAAAUCUGUGCAAGGUGCCGGAGAUUAACUCGAUUUGUCACUUGUCAUUUGUUUAUUGUGGAAAGUUUCGAAUUUCUCGUGAUUAUGGCAGCUGUGGAUUUCCGUUGUUUCAGUGAAUACUAUCAAAAUUUAAACAGUUUGCGAAUCACUGUCAAACAUCCAAUGAAGACAUUACUAAUCUGGACUGGAUUGCCUAUCUGCCCAAGGAACAGAACGCCGAGUAGUCUCUCAAAAAAAACAAUCAAAUGCUGCGGAAACAUGCACAGUUUAUACUGGAUAUAUCACUUCUGAAAUAUUCGAGAUUGAAUGUAUAUGGCAAGCACAGAGACCAAAUGUUUCGAGUUGGUUUCUGCAGAAUGGCACAAUACCAAAGUGGCAUUGAAGAGGCACGUUUUACCAUGCCGAGAUACAAUAACAGCAUUUAUAUAAUUCAAGUUUAUAGCAUAAUUAAGAUAUCCUGCAUGUUUUAUAUAACAUGAUCGUAAUUUUGCUAUUGUCAGCAAAAUUCGGCAUCCUAAUAUAUUGUUGUUAAUUGCCACAACGUAUACAAACGAACACGGCCUGGUCUCCAUCUUUGAACCCAUCUAUUGUCCAUUGUACAAUUACACGCACGAGCAAGGCGACCGAAUAAAUAUACAAGAAAAUCGGCAUAAAAUUGGCGAACAUAUUGAAAUACUGUCAUAUGCGAAGGUAUAUUCAUAUAUAGUGAUUAAUUUGUACUGCAUUUAUUUUGCAUCCGAUACCGUCAAAUUUGGCGGAUAGUAACUGGCCAGAGACAUUAAAAAAGUAUGUAGAAUUUAAGUUUUCUAUGCUUUAUUGUAUUCUUAAAAUAUUAAAAUAUUAGUAUAUUAAAUUUAUUGUAAAUAAAUUUUUUGCUUUUAUAUAAAUUACAAAUGUAAAUGUGAAAAAAAUACAUGUAAUAUGAUUUAGAGAAACUAAUUAGCUUUGAAUUAAUUGCUAAAAGAUAAUACUAAUUAAACAUUUAAUUUUCACAAAUACCUAUGAAAGACAUUUAACUUUUUCAAAGACAUGAUUAACAAUGCAGAUUAUACAUAAAAACAUUUUUCAAUUUUCUAAAAAUUUAAUAUUAAAUAAGUUAUAAGAUAAGAUCAUAAAUAAGAGAAAUAUUUUAUGUGUAACAAAACAUACAUAUAAACGUAUAAUUUUAUUAUUUUAAUAAGGAGGACUUGCUAAAGAGCAGAAAAAGUUAAAUAUUUAAUGCUAAAAAUAUUUUUAAUUCGUAAAAACUUAUAGUAAAUGUUUACAUAAUAUUGAAAUUGUUGACUAUAAAAUGCAAUUAUACGGAACUAUUCUAAUUUAAGUCAUUAAUUAACGUGGUAAUCUAACUAUUAUUACAGUUGGAGAAAAUACCAAGUAUGUAUUCUUAUCAUACCCAUAUAUCAUAUCAUAUACGUAUAUAGGCAAUAAAUAUUCCAGCGGAUGACAUUAACAAUACGUAAAACACAUGCUAGUAAUCAACUAUUUUGAUCACAGGAUUCGUGUCAGCUGAUACAGAGCUAAAAUAUCGAUUUUAUGCUUUCCAUCACGCGUUUAUGACUUUCACAAAUUAAUAUUUAAUAAUGUUCUGCAUACAUAAUGCUUGCGAGAAAGGUUUUUACGCAAGUAGCUCAGUACUUCAUAAGAAUGAAAAGCAGCGUAAACUCAAGUGUAUAUACGUACCAAACCUACAAUUGUGCAUGUUUAAACGAUAGCAACUAAUUUGUAUUUAGACCAAGAAGAAAGGACAUCGAUAAAACAAAAUAAACGCGUGCCUCCUAUAUUAUGUAUAUUUAUAAAUGAUGAACGAAACGUUAACAAAUAUGACCUAAAGUAUGCAAAUUCAAAAAAUUUUUACGCACAGGUGUCUUGUAAAAGAAAACAUAUCAUCAAGAAUAUAGAAAUUUAUAAAUCAUGAAACAAGACAUAUAUACAUAUAUUGAUGAAAUAUGAUAGAGAAGUGAAAUAGAGAUAUUAACUUAAGUUAAAUUAUGGAACAAGAUAAUCAUUGUAAACAUGUCUUUGAUUCAGUUGAAAAUAUGAUCUUCAUGGGUAUCAGUAAAAUUUCCAAUAUUUUCAGAAACUUAAAUAAAGAGAAUACCGCCGCAGAAAAAAACAAUAAAAAGAAUGUGAAUACAAAAAAAUUAGAGUCACAUCAAGAUUCAUUCCGGAUGCUUAGAAUGUCGAUAAUAUUCUUCAAGCUUAUUGGUCUCGCCACAUUCACCCAGCAUAUCAAAUGGAAAAAGAGAACAUACACAUUUCAAUAUUCCGAAUUUGGAAUUGUUUACAAUGUUGUGCUGAGUAGUCUAAUGAUUGCCUCGAAUUAUUUAUCGAUACCUAUGAGUAUUAACAUGGAAUACGAGAAUAAGACGAACUUGACCGUAGGCAUCGAGGUUCUGCAAAGUGUACUCGGUGCCCUGAUGAUUUGCGCGAUUUUACUUAGCUACUGUAUCAGCCAGAAAUCCUUGGUGCGGAUUGCUAAUCGAUUAAUGGACGCUGAGCACGAAAUAGAUCGUUUAUAUCAUAUAUAUCGUCCGUUACGACGACAGCGUAUUUUCUGUGUUCUACUUAUCGUCUGCAUCUUGAAAGUUUGCUUGUUGGUUCUUCUCCUGACCUCCGAGGUCCUAGCCUUCCACUCGGGCCCGACCUCUUGGUUGACGGACAUUCUACCGACAUUUCACGUCGGUUGGCUAUUGAUACAGUACUUCCUGUUGGUCGCGAUCAUCCAAGCGGAUUUUGCCGAUGUGAAUCAAGCGAUACAAUGCCUCACCAAUGUCAACACACAUGAUCUGCGACCGCAGUCUCUUUAUCAAACGCGACGUAUCAUAGUCGGCAAUUCUACUGUUCAUCGGCUGCUACAACUGCGAGAUAUGCACUGUCACCUCUGCGAGAUCUCCGAAGAUGUGUCGGACUUUUAUUCACUACCAGUAUUAUUCGGCCUCGUUUUUCUUUUUCUGACACUUAUAUACAAUGGCUAUUAUCUUCUCUCGCCUUUGUUGAUGGCUGAUGAAAUUUUAGAGUAUGAGGUUCUCAGUAAUACCAUCAUCUGGUUGAUAUUUCUGAUUUAUCCCAUUUCUCUUCUCACCAAUAGAAUUACCAAAAUUCUGAUUGAGGUAGGGAAAACGGGUAAUGUAGUGCAUGAUCUUUUAAGUUACGCAAUCGGCAAAGAGACAAAGAAAGAGAUGUGUUGCAGCUCAAGCAAUUUUCGCUUCAAUUGUUACAUCGCAAAGUACAAUUCACAGCUUAUGGAUACUUCAUGCUUGAUAACAGAUUUUUUCAUUCGCUGAUCGGCACAGUGGUAACAUAUUUGGUGAUACUCGUGCAAUUUCAAAUGGGAAGCACAUGUUCGUCGAAACUGCAACCAUGUAAUUGUACAGGAAGAAAUUUAAAAGCAUAAA